AUGUCCUCCGUCGCUCGCGCUAUCCGUCCCUUUGCCUCCCGGGUCCUUGCCCAGAAGCCCAUUGCUCCCAUCUGCCAGGCUUCGCCCGCUUUCCGUUUCCCGCGGGGAACCAGGAGCUUCUCCCAGAGCCCUUUGGCCCAGCUGAAGAAGUACACCGAGUCGCACGAAUGGAUUGAGCUGGCCGACGGCGGAAAGACUGCCAAGAUCGGUAUCACUGACUACGCUGCCCACUCUCUGGGUGAUGUCGUCUACGUCGAGCUCCCCGAGGAGGGCCUUGACGUCGCUGCCGGCGAGCCUGUCGGAGCUGUCGAGUCCGUCAAGUCUGCUUCCGAUGUCCUUUCCCCCGUCGCCGGCAAGGUCAUUGGCGGCAACAGCCUGCUUGAGGACAAGGCUAAGACUAUCAACGAGAGCCCCGAGGGUGAGGGCUGGAUUGCCGAGAUUGAGGUGGCCGAUGCCGCUGAGCUCGAUGCCCUUCUCGACGAGGCUGCCUACAAGCAGACCAUCGAUGCUUAA